AUGCCAGGGAACAAGGAUUUUCGAUCCCUCGUCUUCUGCGUGAUGCUAGGUAAGGCUACAUUUCUUUCUUUCUUUCUUUCUUUCUUUCUUUCUUUCUUUCUUUCUUUCUGCAUGCAUUUAAUUUCUGUGUUGUAAAAGCGACAAAGAAGAGGUGAGCACAAACUAAAGGGCAAUAGCCCAUGAGAGAACCCAAUAUUUUAUAUUGUUUUACGAUGAAGAAAAAGAGUCUUGCCUUUGAUGAGAGGCAGUGUGGUGUAGUGGCUGGGGUGUCAGUGGCUAGAGGAUCCAAAUCCCCAUUCUGGUGGCCCAGCCUAAUCUACCUCACAGGGUUGUUGUGAGGAUAAAUGUACACUACCAGGAGAAUCUUUAAGCUGAGAGGGGAGGGAAUAUUUUUUAAAAAGCACAAUUUAGUAUACACGCAUGCCGUCAUUAAUUUUUUUACAAUGCCAUCAUUUUUAAUUGAAAGGAUUGUAUUCAAUUUAUUCUGUUUUAUCAUCAUAAUAAAAAUGCAGGCAAGCAGAUUUAAAUAAAUUUAAAUAAAUAAAUAAAUAAAUAAAUGCAGAGAAAAGCAGCAAUACUAAUCAUUAAAAGCCUUGGAGAAGAAAAAGUGUCAAAGGACAUCUGUAAUGUGGUCAUCUAGAGUAGCCUGGCAACCACAUCCUGGGACAGCGGUGCCGCCACUGAAAAGUAGGGCGGUUCAUAAUUUUUUUUUUAAUGAAAAUGCCUGCUCCAAAGGUCUUAUCUUACUACACUAGGGAUCAUAUAGCUAUAUCUGAAAUUUCAUGCAUAUCAGUUAAUAUCUUGACCCUGCUCCACUUAAUUGAAAUUUCAGCCUUCACAACAUAGGAAAAGUUGUACCUAAGUUCUACUCAGAGUAGACCUGUUGAAAGUAAUGAACCUGUUAGUUGUGCUCAUUAACUUCAGUGGGUUUACUCUGAGUAGGACCAGCAUUGGCGACAACCUAAUAGCAAUGUUACAUUAUUAUUAUUAUUAUUAUUAACAACAACAACAACAACAACAACAACUAUUAUUAUUAUUAUUAUUAUUAUUAUUAUUAUUAAUUGUUGUUGUUAUGUUCCUCCGGUUGUAUGGCUAGUGGGUGGGAAAAAAUCCCAACCAGCUGUCUGAAAACAAACUGGUAGACUUCUAUAUUGUUUGUGUGUGCUAUGGUCAGAAGGGACUUUGUUUUCCAGAACAGCAGCUGUGUUGUAAUAAACUAUUAUUAUUAUUAUUACUACUAUUAUUAUUAACUUUAUAUUCUACCCUUCCCCACAAAGGAGCCCUGGUGGGUAGGUGGUAUCCAUGAUAUCCCUCUUUGAAAGCAAACCCAAUGAGACUUCCUGCUGAGCAGCUCUGCAUAAGAUUGGGAACUCCCCUUCUGAGAUUGUCUUCCUUCACUUUUCAUCAUGGCAUUCCAGAUUAGUUGAACAAGAACAUCUGUCCCUGGCUCUGCCCAUUAUUGGCUUUGCUCUUGCCAUCCUCAGUUUCCCUGCAAAAUGCCCCGCACCCCAAUUUGCCUCCUCUUCUAAGCAAAUGGAAUUGUAUAUCCUCUAAUGUUUCUUGCAGCUGGGUACUGAGCAGUAAGUCGUUUAAGUCAUGGAAAAAAUGUGAGUUUCUUGAGGAAGGAAAGCAGGAGAAAGAGGUGUUUGGGGAAGAUUGCCAAGGAUGCUGCCUGCUUGAGAUUGACCCCAAUUUUGCACCCCUUAAUUUGGGCAAACAAGGAUGUUCACGACUUGCUGCUAAUUAUAAUAGUGUUGUAGGCCACCCUAAUCUCAAAGUGGUGUGAGAUUCCAGGGCUUCCAGGCAUGUUCAUGUUUCCUUUUAGAAUGAUGCACAGCGGAGACUGUGGUGUCUUUAUGAUAUAUGGUUUAUUUACACAUAUAUACAACCUGAGUCUACGAUGGAGGGGUUCACAGCAUUAACACCUCAGAAGGAUCUUGUUUCUCCCAUAACCGCAACCUUGGAUUCAAACAAGGGGGUCCCCCCCCCAUUUGCUAUCUCACACCGAGCCCCUUAAUCCCUCUUAAUGGUUCUUCACCAGAAGGCUAGCUUAUCUAGUCCAAGAUUUAGAAGCUUUGAUUAAGUUCUAUCACUUUCUGGAUCCAGGGAUUAGAGGGGUCUGGCACCCAGUUUAACGCUCCUAACUCAUAACACUACUCCCUCCCCAAGAACAUCUGUUCCUAGAUGUACAAACAAACAGCAAAGUACAGCUUCCCUGCGGAAAAAUAACAGGCAAGUUAGCAAAGGCAUUAGAACACAUGUCAUCCAAAACUAAUAAUGAAACACAAUUACACUUUUAAUCCAACACCAGGAGAGUAACAGAGAGUAACUGAUUUCUUUCAUGCAAGUUCCAGUCCAUCAGGAUCUCUUAAGACCUCCCUCUUUCUCCUUGGUGCACACUCCCAGUCAGUUCUGCAUCCCAAAGCAGCUUACCCAGUUUCCCACAUUUGGCAGCCCCAAAAUAAUGGGUUUCCAACAUGUUUAAGCCAGGAUGCAAGUCUUAGUACUAGAGCUUCAUUACCCUUGCUCAUCCUUUUCCUAGUGCUACUACAAUUCCUAAAAACCAUUAAACAGUUUCCUGCAUGCAAAAAUAACAGCAUUUUAAAAAUAUUUUUUUAAAAAAUGCUAAAACUUGCAGGAAGGAUCCAUGCAGCGAAUAAGCAGUCCCAAUAUAGCAUAUAGCAAUCCCACCUCCACACCAUGCAGUUGUCUACAUUACUCUUUUCCUUGGGAUUUCACAAAGGUCUCAUUCCCAGUAGAUCAACAGCUACUUCGAGGCUCAAAUCACAGCACCAGUCUUUUAGGAGCCCUUCAGUUUCACUUCGGCUCACCUCAGGUUGUGGAUCAGGGGCUCCAGACUCACACUUGAGUCCCAAAACAGUUUCUGUAGCUGCAAGCAGGGCUGCAAGACCCAACUCUAGGAGAACAUCUGCUUCCUCACAGGCACACUUCCUCUUGCUGCCCCUGGGCCCAUCCACUUCAUCCCCUGCCCCAAACUGCAAAUCCAAGUCCUGGCACAAGUCCUUUUGCUCAGGAUCAGGUGGCUCAGUCCACCCAAAAUGGCAGCCAGGAAUCCCACCACCUCUGCUUACUUCCAGCAUCUCUUAAAUGCUUCAUGGGCCCAAACAAAGGAAAAUAACCCUCACAGUGACUCUUGCCCCCAAAACCCAUGGGACCCUGAAUGACUCUGGCUGCCCAGACUACUUAAGGGCUGCACCCAAUAUAGGGACUGGUUCCCACCCCACAGUGCCAUAUUGGGGCACCCAAGGGCCAAAAUCAUUGAGGGGUUUAACUCUCCCAAUUCAGCAGGAGCCAGCUGCAUGCACAUAGGCCUCGAGCUUUUCCUCCACCAAAGAAAACACCAUCAUUUCCUCAGGUACUGGCUGCUCCUCCUGCACGUUCACACACACCUCCAAUUCCUCCUGUGCCCCGUUCCCCACAGCAUGCUCUCAAGGAAUGGAGAAAUCAAGCAGCAGCAGCUCCUCAGCUCUAGCCUGCUCACCUUUCUCUGAGGCACCAUCUUCCCUCUUGCCUUCAGCUACUGACUGCAUCUGUUUGCUGCCCAAGCCCUUCAGCUGCCCACCCACACUCUGGAAACUCCACUUCUGACACCACAGUGUUGCACACCAUCCCAAACUCUGAGUGGUGUGAGAUUCCAGGUGUUCCAGGCACUUACCCAGGGUUCAUGUUUUCCACAGAGGAGACUGUGGUGUCUUUAGGAUAUACGGUUUAUGCAUAUGUGCAACCUGAGCCUGCGGUGGAGGGGUUCACAGCAUUAAUACCCCAAAAGGGGUCUUGUUUCUCCCAUAGCUACAGCUUUGGAUUCAAACACAAAUCAAACACUAGUCUCAAUUGUUGCUUUGACUCUCUCUCCAGCUUGCUGCUUUACCUCUAGAUCACAUCACUGCUCCCUCUGCUCCAAACUCUGGCUUUUUCUGUUGAGGGAGGGGCCUCUGCCCAUUUGCCGUCUCACACUGAACCCCUGAAUUCCCCUUAAUGGCUCAUCACCCAGGCUAGCCUCAGCAGGAAGCUAGCCUGGCUAUUCCAAGCCUUAGAAAUCUGUAUUAAAUUCUAACACUUGCUAGAUUAGGGGGGGUCUGGCACCCAUCUUAAAACCCCAACUCUUAACAAUAGUUAGAAGCAAAGGCUCCUGGUGCAGAAUGGAGUCUGAGCAUAGCUGUCAACCUUCCCUUUUUUUGCGGGAAAUUCCCUUAUUCCAGCGCCAUUUCCCGCUGCUUCCUGCUGCUAUCCCAGAUUGUUAGAUAUCCUGUAGACUGUCCCCGGGACAGGUGAGGCUGCUGAUCCCUUAUUUUCAAAUCUGAAAGUUGACAGCUAUGAGUCUGAUGAGUCAUAAUGGGCAGAGAAAGCACAGAGCCAUUUCCCCCUCAUCCUUGCAGAGAUCUCACUUAUCUCUACCAGCAAAGGAGUUUCAAAAUGGCUGCAAUAUUACCCACUGGCGGGAUGUGCUGUAGCCACUGACGCCACCAGCUCAGUGACCUUUGCUGUUGCUUCCUCAUACUUCAAUAGGAACAGAGGAAGCUACAUCCUACUGAGUCAGUCCACGCUAGGCCACCUACUCCAGUAUUUUCCACACUGAUGGGCAGGGGCCUGUCCAGGAUUUCUCUCCCCGGCCCAACCUGCCACGGAUUCACCUUCUGCAUUCAAAGUAGAUGCUCUGCCACAGAGCUAUGUCAGUGCAAGCGCAGGGAGAUGGGUGGGGAUGGUGGACCGGCCGGAGGGUGACUGAGCAAAACAGUGGCCGAGCAGGUGGUCUGGUUGAGGAAUACCAGUCUGCUGCUCUUUCUGAAGUGCCGUCUGAGGCAAGAGAUUCAACCCAUCUAAUGGGAGGGCUGGCCCAGCCCACAAGGCUAGCUCUCUGCAUGGAUUUUGCUCCCACCAGCUGUAUGUGAGGGCCACGAACAUGGAGAGGUUUAAAAGAGGAUUGGACAAAUUCAUGGGAGAUCAGGCUAUCAGACUCCACAAUGCCUGCAUUCUGCCUUCACUGUCAGAGGCGAUAUACCCUCUGAAUACUAGUAGUUGGGAGCUGCAUGUGGGGAGAGGGUUGUUACAGUUUUUAUGCCCCACUUGUGGGCUUCUCAGAGGCAUCUCAUUGACCACUGUGGCCAACAGGAUGCUAGAUUAGAUUGGCCUUUUGGCCUGAUCUAGCAGGGCAGAUCUUGUGUACUUGAACCUCCCUCCCACCAAUGGUUUAUCAUUAUAAUGAUCAUUUUAGGUGUUUACAAUGCUUUUGAGUGGAGCUCCUCAUGUGGAGCUCCGAUUCCUAAACUGGUUUCCCAUUUGGGGAAACGCACAAGCUUACGCCCUUUUCUUUACUCAGUUCCUCAAUCUACGGGAACCGUGAUUUCCUGGAGACAAGGGCGAGAAAAUCAGGGUUGUUCCAAGUAAACAAGGACUGUUGGAGGGUAUCCCAUAAUUUUAAUUAGAUAGAGUUGGGGAACAGGUUUCUGAAUGUUUCUAAACUAUUAUCAUACCCGUUUAUUAUCUUAAUCCUAGACAACGAUCUCAGUUUUCACAGCAGGUAUGACUAAGCACAACAAGCACCAGAGACUCGCUGUGUUUUCAACGAAAGGGUAGGAAAUAAUCCUAAUAUCAGGUUAGGGCCAUACUGGACUGACAAGGACUGUUCCACAGCCGUUGAAAUUGCCUGUUUUGUUUCAGCUAUGUUUUGAGUGGUGAUUAUGAUUAUAAUUAUUGUUUUGUAUGUGGGGAAGAGAAUCAGAGCAGCCACUGCUUUGUUUCCCUUCAGAAUACCCUUUUCUGAGGUGCUUGUUGAACUUUGGAUAAUUCAAAAUGGCUGCCACUUACUGGGUGCUACAGUGGGCAGCAGAUGAUCAAUAUAUAAAUGGGCACCCACACUUUUUUUCCUGAGGAGGAAUAUUGUUACUGCAGCAGCAGUGUUGACUGCCUCUCUAAAAAAAGGGUAGCAACUGAAGGAAGCUUGCUAAUAAAUAAAAUCCCAGUGCGCCAUUCUAUGCAACCUCGUUUUUAAACCUGAGUGAGGAGAAAGAUUAUGACUCCCAGUUUGGAUAGCGUUCUCCGUAUGGCGCAGCAGUCGAAAAGGACCCAAGAAGAGCAAAGGGGCUUACUGUGCCGUGCGAACUAGGGCAAGGUGGCUUAGGGAAAUCGAAAAACACAAUAAAAGCAGCCAUGCAUUAAAAGGAAGAAACAGCAGUAAAAGCCAGCAGUAAAACAAUUUAAAAGCAGCUGCAUUGAGAAGCAUAAUAAAACAUCAUAAUAAUCAGUGUGAAAAAGCAAAGUAAAAAAUAAUUAUGGUAAGCAAGUAAUAAAAAUCCAGUCUCUAAAACAGGGGGUGGGAAACUUGUUGUUGGACUAAAGCGCUCAUCAUCCCUGACCCCAGUAAAUGUGUUUUAGACCAGCUGAGGUUUCUGAGGGUUGUCUUUGACGUUCCAAGGGUAGCCCCACAAAUUGUUGUUUGUACUUCGUGGUAUUUUAAUUGUAUGGUGCUUUGGUGAGGUUUCUCUCUCCCCCCCGCCCCGGCUGCCCCACUUUAAAGGUGGCACAAGCAUAUUUUUAAAUUUUAUUUAUAAUUUAAUUUAAUAUAUUAUUAAUUGCAGCCCACUGUAAGUCGCCUUGAGGAUCAUUCAGUUGAAAAGCAGAAUAUAGAUCAAAUAUAAAUGAAUAUAGCAGAAGGCAGGUCCAUCAGAUAUCCUGAUGCUAAAUCAUGCAUGGCUUGGAAUAUCCUAAGGAGUACUUUGAAUUGGAUUGAGGAAACAAAGAGGGAGUCGGUGGUGCAGUUCAGAACAUAAGGAACUUUGCUGCUCUUGUGGUGGGGGUGGUUCCUAAAUUUAUUACCCACCGUUCACCAGCAGAUUCCCAAGGAAAGUUAAAACUCUUUAAAACCAUAUGUUGAAAACUUGUCGGCAUCCAUCUCUGGAGACAAUGGAAGGCUGUUCCUUCGGGGGCAAUGUCAAAGCGUUGGUGAGUUACACCUUUAUGGACUGAUACGGGAGAAACAUGUUUUAUUGCAGGUGGGGCAGAUGAAAGUUAAAACCAAUUACAGUCACGGGACAUUAUUAUUAUUAUUAUUAGAAGAGCGCUGCUGGAUCAGGCCAAAGACCCACCCAAGUCCAGCAUCCUGUUCUCACGGUGGCCAGCCAGUUGCUUCUGGGGAAAAACCCCAAGCAUGACAUGAGCAAUACAGCUCUCUUCCGGCUUCCGGGUCAGCGCCAUCAUUAAUGGCGGAUUCCCUCUGAGUCUCGGAGGGACUAGCUCCGCGGGAUCGGGUCUUACCGCUGCAGCAAAGCGGGGGCCCUUUAAAAAUCACAGGCGGGGGAAGCCUGUGAACGUGGGGACUCAGCGGGCACCAUUUGCGCCCCCCCAAGUUGCGAAGGGACCCUUUUAAGGGCUCCGGAGCGGGACGGGGUGAGCGGCGCGGUGCUGAGAGUCGACUGCUUCUUCCGCGGAGUGAAGCCGCACAGCCGUUAUCGGAGAGCGCUGACUUUUUCCUGGGACAAUUGGACUUUGAAAGCAACUACCCGUGAGUAGGAUUAAAUUGGAUUUAAAAGGAGAAAAAACAAGUUAAUUCGACACCGAAGCGGGAAGGUAUAAACAGGAAGUCUGCCUUCCUUUCUUGUAAAUAGAUCAAAGCAAAGAGACUGUAAGCGGAAACUUGGAAAGACGUUUGGAAAAAGACUUAAAUCUUAACAUCUGGAAAGCGGUCUCCCCUCCGGAUUGCAGGAGAGGAGGAGGGAAGGUUUGAACUGUAUUUAUCUGCAAAAAAGAGGGGGAAAGGAAGCUAAAAUCCGCUGCCUAAAACCUGGGGACGGACUACCCCUAGAUAAGGAAUGCCACUCAGUGGAAAGCCUAUCAGUAAGCAGUAGACUUUUGACAGCUAACUCUGCAAAAGAGAUACAGUGUUUCUGGACUUCUCCUGGUUCUAAAGUAACUGUUUAAGUGCAACUGAAACUGUUGUUUUUAGGUGAAUUGGGGGACUUAUAAGGACCAUUUUCGUUUUUAAAAGUUGCAAGCUUUGGCUGUUACUGUGUCCCCCUAGAGGAGGUUUGACAUUGCUACAAUAACAACUGGGAAAAUUCCAUUUCAAAACAAACUUUCAACUGUGGGAUUGACCUUGAAUUCUCAUGAGAGUGUUAUGGCAGAUGGGAGAGGAAAGUUAGAGCUGGCACAGGAAAAAACUACUAGGUCUGGCAGACCCUACCAGACAGAUAUUGCGCAGCAGCGAAGGGCUUCAACAUCUGGAGCAUCUGGAACAUCAGGGGCUGCUCCUCCACAGGUCAAACCAAAAGUUAUGUCGUCCGAAGACGUUUUGGCACAUGCACUUGGAAAAAUUAAUGAAUCUUUGGAAAAUUUAGCUAAGCAGGUAGCUGAGACAAAUAAACAAGUAGCUGAAGCAUCAGUUAAAAUUGACCUGAAUACUACAAGCAUUAACAAUUUGGGACAGAAGGUGAAUACCAAUACAGAGUCUUUUGAAAAAUUAUUACAGGAAUCUGCUUUGACCCGAAAGAUAGCUGAAGAAGCAAAAGAUAUAGCAACUGCUAUUCAAGAGAAGAUACCACCGGUAUAUAAGCAAUUGGAGGACCACGGUUUGACAUUGUCUGUGAUUGAAUUGAAAGAGAAACAAAGAAAUUUAAGAAUCAGGGCUGUACCAGAACGUGAGAAAGACAAUUUGGCUGACUUUCUUACACAGGAAUUUACAGAUUUUUGGCAACAGGAUUUGGGGAAGGAAGAAUUUAAGAUAGUGAAUGCAUUUAGACUUGGAAGAGGACAAAGGAGGAACAAGGUGAGGGACUGCUUGAUCACUCUUCGAACAAAAGAGGAGAGAGACAAAAUUUUGAAUCUGCACUAUCAAAAGACUUUGGAAAUUUACGACUCAAGCGUGGAGAUAUUUAAGGACAUUCCAAAACAUCUUCUGGAUUUAAGGCUUAACUACGGAGACCUAGUUGCCCUGCUGAGAAAAAACAGAAUUAUCUUUAGGUGGGAAUUUCCUCAAGGCCUAUCCUUUAAAUACAAAGGAAGAAAGAUAAAAAUAAGAUCAGUCAACUACAAAGAUAGGUUUCUGAAAGAUCACGAAGAAGAUCUACAGAAAGAAGUGGAAUCCGGAGAAGAGCCAAAAGCACUGGAGAAAGGAAUACUAGACAUAGCAAACUUAUCUUUUGGAUUGCACGGUCCAGAGAAAGAGACAUCACCGACAGAACAAGAACAGACACUCGGCGCAAUUGGAGGUAAAGUGAAGUAACCCCAUCAUGGCCCUGCAACUGUUAAGCUGGAAUUGUAAUGGUCUUAAUUCUCCCCGGAAGAGAAAAAGUGUUUUUCAUUUAUUAAAAAAGGAACAAUUGGAUUUGAUUUGUCUACAAGAAACACAUGUAAUAAGGCUACACAGGAAACUACUGAUUAACAAGAGAUUGGGACAGGAGUUUAUCUCAUCUGACAAAGUUAAAAAAAGAGGAGUUGUGAUAUAUGCAAAGGAGAGAUUAUCACCGAAAUUAAUCUUUAAAGAUGAACAAGGAAGAUUUUUGCCAAUCAAAAUUCAAGUGCAAGGAGAGAAAUUUUUGAUUGUAGGAAUUUAUGCACCGAAUGAGGGGAAAUCUGAAUUCUUUAAAAAGUUGCAUGAGACAUUAUUGGACUAUUUGGAUUACAAUCUGAUUUUGAUGGGGGACAUGAAUGGAGUAGUAUCUACAAACAUGGACAAGGCACAAAGACAGGUAGUUACCAAGGAUGGUAGACUACCGAAAACAUUUUUUGAGAUGACAGACAAUAUGGACUUAGUGGACAUUUGGAGAGUAAAGAACCCCCUGGGAAGAGAGGGAACCUUCUUUUCUGAAGCCAAGAUGACAUGGACUAGAAUUGACCAAAUAUGGGUAACUAGAGGAAUGGCACCAAAGAUAAAGAAAGUGGAAAUCUGCCCAAAAACCUGCUCCGACCAUAACGCUGUAAGGAUGGAGAUGAAACAAAUAUCAACUGGCUCCUUCAGAUGGAGGAUGAAUGACACCUUAUUUAGAGAUGAAGAAGUCUAUAAAAAGGCCCACAAAACUUUGAGAGACUAUUUUGAAAUAAAUAUGAACACCAAUGUAGAAAAAAAGAGUAAUCUGGGACGCAAGCAAAGCUGUUAUGAGAGGGUUUCUGAUACAACAGAAUGCAAUAAAGAAGAGAAGUCAAAAUGAGAAGAAAGAUAAAAUUUUGGAGAAAAUAAAAGAAAGUGAGAAGAAACUGAGAGCAAAACCAAAGUCGCAGGAGAUCCUGAGAGAAAUAAAAUUAUAUCAAGUACAAUAUAUGGAAAUGAUGAAUCAGGAAAUAGAAUGGAAAAUUAAACAAAUGAGACAAAAAACAUUUGAAUCAGCUAACAAAUGUGGGAAAUUGCUGGCCUGGCAAAUGAAAAAAAGACAAAAAUUAAAUAUUAUUACAAACUUAGAAGUGGAAGGAAAGAAUAUACAUAACCCAAUUGAGAUUAGAAACUGUUUCCAGAGGUAUUUUAAACAAUUAUAUACACAAGGGCCACAGAAAGAAAUGGAUAUAGACCGAUUUUUGAAGACAAACGGAUUACAAAAAGUCUCCCAAGAAAACAAAUUAAUGUUGAACUAUAAAAUAUCUGAACAGGAAGUAGAAGGUGCCAUUCAAAACAUGCAAUUGGGCAAAUCUCCAGGACCGGAUGGGCUGACUUCUAGAUAUUAUAGAUCUUUGAAAGAGUGGCUAUUACAACCUUUGAAGGAAGUCUGCAAUGAAAUAUUGGAAGGGAAAAGGGCACCAGAGUCGUGGAAAGAGGCGUACAUUACACUUAUACCGAAAACAGAGACUGAAAAGACUCAGCUUAAGAACUACCGCCCUAUAUCGUUACUUAAUGUGGAUUACAAAAUUUUUGCAGACAUUUUGGCCAAGAGAUUGAAAAAAGUAUUGAUGGAAGAGAUUCAUAAAGACCAAGCGGGCUUUCUCCCGGGAAGACACUUGUCUGAUAAUUUGAGGAAUAUAAUUGAUAUUUUGGAAAAACUAGAAGUGAAUAUAAACACUAAAGCAGUUCUGAUAUUUGUGGACGCGGAGAAAGCUUUUGACAACAUCUCUUGGAGCUUUAUGAAGAAGAAUCUACAGGGGAUGGGGGUAGGCCAAGGUUUUGAAAAUGGUAUAGGUGCAAUAUACUCUGAACAAAAGGCUAAAUUAAUUGUAAAUAAUGUGGUGACGGAAGAAUUUAAGAUAGAAAAAGGGACACGACAGGGGUGCCCAAUCUCCCCACUGCUUUUUAUAUCGGUCCUGGAGGUUCUGCUGAAUAUGAUUAGAAGGGACCGGUUGGUUAAAGGUAUACAGGUCGGAGCCAAACAGUACAAACUGAGAGCAUUUGCAGAUGACUUAGUAUUGACGUUACAGGAGCCAGAAUCUAGCACUAAAAGGGUUUUAGAACUAAUUCAAGAAUUUGGUCAAGUGGCAGGAUUUAAACUGAACAAGUUAAAAACUAAGGUUUUAGAGAAAAAUUUAACACCGAUUGAAAGAGAGAGGUUUCAGAAUGAGACAGGCUUGACUGUGGUUAAGAAAGUGAAAUACCUGGGGAUUAAUAUGACAGCCAAAAAUGGGAACUUAUUUAAAGAUAAUUAUGAAAAAUGUUGGACGGAAGUGAAAAAAGACUUAGAAAUCUGGUCAAAUUUGAAGCUUUCACUGUUGGGUCGUAUUGCUGUGAUAAAAAUGAAUGUAUUGCCUAGAAUGUUGUUUUUGUUUCAAACAUUGCAAAUUGUGGACAAGAUGGACUGUUUCAAGAAGUGGCAGAGAGAUAUUUCUAGAUUUGUCUGGCAGGGCAAGAAGCCCAGAAUAAAAUUUAAGAUAUUAACUGAUGCAAAGGAAAGGGGUGGAUUUGCCCUGCCAGACUUUAAACUUUAUUAUGAAUCAGCAGCUUUUUGCUGGUUGAAAGAAUGGCUACUUCUUGAAAAUACAGACAUUUUGGAUUUAGAAGGUUUUAACAACGUAUUUGGAUGGCAUGCAUAUUUAUGGUAUGAUAAGGUCAAAGCACAUAAAGCAUUUAAAAAUCAUAUUGUCAGGAAAGCACUGUUUAAUGUUUGGAUAAGAUAUAAGGAUUUAUUGGAAAACAAAACCCCAAGGUGGUUGUCACCGAUGGAAGCAAAGGCUCAGAAAAAGCUCAAUAUGGAGGCCAAAUGGCCGAAAUAUUGGGAAAUUUUGGAACAAGAAGGAGACAAAUUGAAAUUGCAGAGUUUUGAGAAAUUAAAAGACAGAGUGCGAGAUUGGCUUCAUUAUUAUCAGAUAAUGGAGGCAUACAAUUUGGAUAAGAAAAUUGGCUUCCAGGUGGAAAAAUCAAAACUAGAAACAGAACUGUUAGAACCCAAAACUAAGAAUUUGUCAAGAAUGUAUAACUUGCUGUUGAAAUGGAAUACUCAGGAUGAAACGGUGAAAUCUGCUAUGAUUAAAUGGGCACAAGAUGUUGGACAUAAUAUUAUGUUUGCUGACUGGGAACAGUUAUGGACCACAGGUAUGAAGUUUACGGCAUGUAAUGCCCUAAGAGAGAAUAUUAUGAAAAUGAUAUACAGGUGGUACAUGACCCCAGUCAAGCUUGCAAAAAUCUAUCAUUUGCCCGAUAAUAAAUGCUGGAAAUGUAAAGAAACUGAAGGUACAUUCUUUCACCUUUGGUGGACGUGCCCAAGGAUUAAGGCUUUCUGGGAAAUGAUAUAUAAUGAACUGAAAAAGGUAUUUAAAUAUACCUUCUUGAAGAAACCAGAGGCCUUUCUCCUAGGCAUAGUCGGCCAAUUGGUGCCAAAGAAGGACAGAACUUUUUUUAUGUAUGCCACAACAGCAGCAAGAAUACUCAUUGCAAAGUAUUGGAAGACACAAGAUUUACCCACUUUGGAAGAAUGGCAGAUGAAGCUGAUGGACUAUAUGGAACUGGCAGAAAUGACUGGCAGAAUCCGAGACCAGGGAGAAGAGUCGGUGGAAGAAGAUUGGAAGAAAUUCAAAGAUUAUCUACAGAAAUAUUGUAAAAUUAAUGAAUGUUAGAAUGAUGUUGGAUAGAAAUUAAGUGGUUUCCAGCUGUAAUGCUUUAAGGGAAUAUGAAAAAAGGGUUAUAAAUAGGUAAAAAUCUAAUGCUAUUAUUUUUAAGAUCAAAGAUUAGGAUAAUUAAAGAGGGUAAGGAUUUGCUGAACCAACAGAUUGAAGUGGAAUACAAAAAAGGGAGGUAUGAGGAGGUCCGGGAAACAAGCUAAAGGAAAAUAAGUAAUGGAAAAUCUGUGUGUUUUUAAUUAUUUUUAUUUUGUAUUUUUGUUAUUUUUGUUAUUUUUUUGUAAUAUUUUAAAAAAAUCUUAAUAAAUAAAAAAAAAAUAAUACAGCUCUCUCCCAUCUUAUGGUUUCCAGCAACUGGUUCUCAGAUGUAUAUAGGCGUCCAUUCCCCCCCACUUUGGCGGGGGUUAAGUUCCAGGCCCCCGCACUCAUAAGCGAAAAUCGCGUAAGUGGAGCACACCCUCUAAAAAGCCUCUAAAUGCCCGUUUUCCCCUGCUCUCCAGCUCCUUUUCCUGCUUGCUCUCCACACAACUCUCUCUUCAACUAGAGCUGAAGCUCUGGGGUUGGCUGGAGGCCGGAUGAUGCGUAGAAAAGCGGCUGUGGCAGUGGCUGCGCUACCAAGGACCUCAGCUGCUAGGCAAGGAGGCUGAGCAGUGUAAACAAAGCCCCACUUCACCUCCAGUCUCUUUGGGGCUUCCUUCGCCCUCAACGGCAUCCUCUUUGGGCUGCAGGGAGGGUCUCCUGGUGAGCCAUGGGGGCUCUCCAGCUCUCUCCCACCAUUUCCUGGUUUGAAUCUCUUUAUUUAUAUCCCGUAUGCCAUGAUUAGAUGCUGUUACUUUAGCCAAACUGCUGAGUCUCAGUUCUUGUUCUGUAAUGUAGUAUCAGCUUUUUCUUGGGCACCGUUGCAAUUUCCAGGAUGAUUGCAGCCAUAUGAUAGUAUCCUUGAUACUGUCUUCAGUGUCAUUCUUCUUGGUAGAUGCUUCUUUCUGAGAGAGAUCAUCAGGGGGUUUGGGCUGGGUGUCCAUCAAUAUGCAGAUGAUACCCAGCUCUACCUCUCUUUUAAAUCGGAACCAGUAAAGGCAGUGAAGGUCCUGUGUGAGUGCCUGGAGGCGGUUGGAGGAUGGAUGGUGGCUAAUGGAUUGAGGCUGAAUCCUGACAAGACAGAAGUACUGUUUUUGGGGGACAGGGGGCGGGCUGGUGUGGAGGACUCCCUGGUCCUGAAUGGGGUAACUGUGCCCUUGAAGGACCAGGUGCGCAGCCUGGGAGUCAUUUUGGACUCACAGCUGUCCAUGGAGGCGCAGGUCAGUUCUGUAUCCAGGGCAGCUGUCUACCAACUCCACCUGGUACGCAGGCUGAGACCCUACCUGCCCACGGACUGUCUCGCCAGUGGUGCAUGCUCUAGUAAUCUCCCGCUUGGACUACUGCAAUGCGCUCUGCGUGGUGCUACCUUUGAAGGUGACCCGGAAACUACAACUAAUCCAGAAUGCGGCAGCUAGUCUGUGGGUAUCACUUUUCUGGACCGUGCAAUCCAAAAGAUAGAUUUGAUAUGUCUAAUAUACCUUUUGGUUCUUCUUCAGAUGCCACUUCUUUCAGUAGAUCUUCCUUGUGGUCUUUCAAGAACCUGUCUUUUUCCUCAACUGAUUUUAUUUUUAUCUUUCUUCAUUUUAAUGUAUUUUUAAUCUUUGUUGGAAGCCGCCCAGAGUGGCUGGGGAAACCCAGCCAGAUGGUGGGGUACAAAUAAUAAAUUAUUAUUAUUAUUAUUAUUAUUAUUAUUAUUAUUCUCCUUUUGUAAAGCUGUUCAAGCUAGUGGCCAUCGUCAGCGCCUCUUUCUGCAGUGUUUCACUGGCAUGCACUUUGCCUUGAUCCAGCAGGGCUCUUGUGUUCUUAAUAGCCAUCUUCAUAGCAUUCUGCUGCUUCAGAGAGGUCACAAACCAGUGGGUUCAAAUUGCAAGGAAGUGGAUUUUGACAAACGUUGGGAAGAACUUCCCGACAAUACCUUCAGCAGUGGAACAGAGUCUUGCUCAGAGCUUGGUGGGUCUUCAUUACAGGUUCUCUAGCACAGACUGGAUGGCCUGUCAGGAAUUCUGUGGUAGUGGACUUCUGCCGCAUUCUUAUGAAAGGCACCACACUUUGCAAAACCUUUUCUGGUAGAAAAAAACCUGGUUUUAGUCUGGGAGAAUAUUAUCUGGGAUACAGUAAGGUCUCACUAGACACAGGAGGGCAAUUAAAAGCCUAAUGAAUAGAGACACCUUCCAAGAAACGGGACCCCUUCUUUGACUAUGUUAAUGACCAAAAAUUAAAAUCUUCUUACACCAGCUGCUCAAUAUUCUCAGCGGAGAGCGUAUGUUAAGUAAUAUGUUUGAAUGUUGAAUGUGUAAGUGUUAUGUCUAGAAACAAUGGAUAAAACAAACACUAUUAGUUGUACUGUACUGCUGGAUAAGUGUUUAAUGGUUAUUGUAUUUGCUUAAAAACCAAUAAAAAUUGUUUGUUUGUUUUUUUAAUUUAAAAAAGACCUGGUUUAAUGUGCUAUGUGGCUCUUUGUUUUUAGUUUCCUGUUUUGCUGUGAGGAUCAAGGAAAAGGGGCAGGAUAUCAUCUACCUUCCCAAAGGGGAGUCGGUCAAGCUGGGGUGCCCAUUUGCAUCAGACCCAGAAGACGACACUCCGGACAAUGGCUGGGACAUUGAAUGGAAGCAAGUGAAGCCAGGUCCACAUCCCCAGGAUUACCCAGUGAGUUUGUGGUUUUCAAACCCUGUGUCCCCGUCUCCCUGGCAGAGAUGGGCAUCUAGUGAUUGCUGAGACUGCUGGUAGGGUGAUCGUGGGUUCUGCUUCAGGGAGGACAGCCCUCUUAUUGGAAGGCAUCUGCUACUUCAGGGGUCACCAAUUUUGUUUUGGGGGGGGCCUGUCGGCACACUUAGAAUCCCCAUCCAGAGUGUCUGGGGCAACUCGGUCAGAUGGGUGGAGUAUAAUAAUAAUUAUUAUUAUAAUUAUUAUUUUGAGGAAGUGUUGUGGGCAUCAGUCACAAAAUGGCUGACUGAGCAGGAAGAGCACUGUGGAUUUUUGAGGGGAUAUUUAUUCAGCCUUUUCAUGGGUGCCAUGUUGGAGUCUCCUGCUCUUCUUGAAGAGUUGCCUGGUCCAAGCCCAGUAUAAACAUAAAAAAGGGAGAACAGGGGCACUGAAGAUGCUUAUUGACAGUGAGCAUCUGGGCGGCAGACUGAGCAGGCAAACCAUUCACCUGGUCACAGUCUUCCCCGUUGGUGUGAGAUGGAUUGUGUUUCUGUUUACAGUUUAGUAAUUUAGUUGCAUCUGUAAGUCGCUGGGUUUAGUCUCCCAGCUCGAGAAAGAGAGGAACGCCUUAGCGUUGAGAUCCCUGCAUUGCUAGGAGAGUGUUGCAGGCCAAGCCAACAUGGCAAGUCAGAAGUAAACCCCACAGAGUUCCAUGAGUCCUGCACCCAAGAAAUGUGCACACAAGUAGAACCUGAGACUGGUUUGGUUGUCUCCAAAGAGCUGUUUUCUGCGAUCCUGUCACCACACAGGGAGUAGAAGAGAGCCUCUGCCCCCAGUUAAAUAACAAUAAUACUAAAUAAUUAAGCAAAAUCCCAUGUCCCUAAGGAAUUGUUCUCUCCCACCUGCACAAAAUAUGCAAAUGAUGGACAUUUGCAUGACUUACUUUAGUUUGCCAUUUUUACUAGUUUGAAUAAAAGAUUCUCGUUGAGCUAGGCUAGGUCAGGUGCCAAAACUAUUACUCAGCACACUCCUCUGGCUUCAGAGAUUUCUGUGGGCACUGCUGAUGUCAAAACAUAACUUUUCCGUCAUAAGGACUAGCAUCAUAAAAUGCACAAAGCUCCACUCUCCUCUGUCCAAUGUGUUUUCCAUCAACCUCUCCUUGUCUGAUUCCUCACAAGCUCCUGAGUUACCAUGAUAACCGUGUCAUCUACCCUGGACCUCCUGAUCUCCAGCAGCGGGUGGGUUUCAUCUCUCCAGAUCCCAGCCUGUAUGAUGCCUCCAUGCAACUACGUGACGUGCAGAUCACUGACUCAGCCACAUACGAAUGCAAGGUGAAGAAGACCACAGAAGCCAGCCACAAAGUGACCAUCACUGUACAAGGUGGACCUCAUCUCUUGUGCCAUUCUUGGGGUGAUGGUGGUGUUGCUUAACAGGAGGGGUUAAGACUGUAGCCUUAAGCAUGUUUCAGAGGGCAGAUCCUCAUCUUUUAAUGCAGGGGUGGGAAAAAGCCUGAGGGUGACAUUCCUUCCAGGACAGCCUUCCAAGGGCCACUACCAGUGGUGUGGGGGGCCAGAGGCAAUAGUGGGUGGAGCAACGCAUGCAAUUUUUAUCUAGCUUCCAAACACACACCUCUCUCUCCUCAGCCCAGGCAGGCAUUGGCUUGUAUCCAAUGCUAGUCUUGCUCAAAAAAGACCCACUGAAAUCAAUGGACCCAAGUUGAAUGCCUGCAUAGUUCAGUUGGUUGCAGCAUGGUGCUGAUAACGUCAAGGUUUCAGGUUCGAUCCCCGUACGAGACAGCUUCGUGUUGGGUCCCUUCCAACUCUACAAUUCUAUUAUUCUAAAUGGGUCAUGUUUAUUGAUUUCAGUGGGUCUACUCUGAGUAGGACUAGCACGGGAUGCAACCCUAAAUCAGAGUUCAAGAACACAUUCCUGCUCCGCAAAAGCCCUUGGUGUGCAAAGUAGGGCCAGGGAGGGAGAAAGCUGAGAGUGAGCUAGCAAAGCCUGAGAGGCCACAGUUGGCCCCUGGACUUGAGGUUCCCCUUCUUUGAAUGAAUAGGUAGCAUCCAACCAGGUGUGGAGUGCAAAUUAUAUGCAGGAGGGAUGGGGGGAGAGAGGUGACUAGAAAGGGUAGUACCCACAGCACUCAUCAAAAAAUCCAUAUAUGCCCACUGUUACGGAAAAAUUGGGGGGGUUGAUUUUGCUGCCCAACUCUCCAAGGGAAUGAUUCCCCAAGUCGGUCAGAGAUGAAUGGAUGGAGGCAGGAUGCAGUGAAAGCAAGGCAAAACUUUAUUUUUCUGUUGCAACAGAGUUCCCUCACCUCCUUGUAAGGAGGUAAGAGAGACCAGUGUGCAGGAACCUUUAAAGACCUUUGAAAUUGCCCAACCCCUUAGCCAAAGACCACCCUAAAAGCAUCAUACAUACAUCACAGGAGGUGGUCUACAACAUAAAUCCUGUCUGCCAGGGUCCUGAUAAUGGUCACUGAUGGCAUUUCCUGGGGAGCCUGACCAUUCCAUUGAGAUUGUAAAUACUUUAGUUCCUGAAUCUCUUAUUUACAAACUUCAACCUAUUGACAGUUUGCUCAGUUUAACAGAAACUUGGAUUUGCGGGAAGUGGGUAAACCCCCUAGAUUCCAGGCAGUUUUGUUGACGGGAUUUGCAAGCAAAAAGACAAUUGGAAAGCUUUCCCCCAUUUCCUUCCUUCUACUGCAGAGGAAUAUUUGAGGUCAUUUCGGGAGAGUCAAAAUGGCUUUUGGGGAUUGUUCUGUUUGCCAAAAUGUGAGGUUCUUCUCAAGGAAUAUUUCCUAAUAUUUUAAAGGGUGAGAGAUGGGUUUCUGUGGAGUGUGUUUUGUCUACUAUGUGUGUGCACAUGACGCUCGCUGAUCUAGAAAGGUUGGUAGCUCCCUGCCGUAGUAGGAAACUGACGUCUUCUCUCUGCCAAUCUAGAAAGACCCCUACUCCCACAAUGCUCGAUAAUUGGUGAGAUAGCCUAUGGGGCGGAUGUCACACUGCGCUGCUUCACUUCCACGGGCUCACCGCCCCUCACCUACCAGUGGUCCAUGACGCACGGACAUCAAUUCAGGGAUUGGAUGCCCCCCGGAGGAUCAAUGGGUGAGUGACGACAACAGUGGGGCCAGGGGGAGGAAAACUAUAGGGCAGGCAUGUCCAAAGUUCGUUUCAGGGGCCUAAUCCAGGCCGCCGGUCGGUUUAAUCUGGCCCCUGUGGCAGUUUAUUUCCUGGGGUAAAAUCCUUUAAAAAAAAACCUCAACAACUUCAAUCCUAAAAGAAGCUCAAAAACUUCAAUCCUAAAAAAAGGUCAAUAACUUUGGUCGGCCUUUUGGUUGGCCCCCACGACCCUUCACUUCAUCAAAUCUAGCCCUUUUUGAAAAAAGUUUGGACACCACUGCUAUAGGGGCAUCCUUGGACCUGGCUUGGGAGAGGAUCGGCUCUCUGGACUUUCUCAGAAGUAUUCCACUUAACCAGCCCUUCACACUCUCGUUUCUGCUAAGCAGGCUCUGUCCCUGGAGACCUCCACAUCAGGGAUUUGUGCGAAGACCAUGUGGGUACCUACCAGUGCAGUGUGCGGAAUAACGUUGGCGUGGCCUAUUGCUCCGUGGACAUCUACUUUGGCGGAGGUAAGCGAUGGCGAGGUUUGUCACUAAGGCAACUUAUCCAGACAAAACUGGCACAGGUAUGUGGGAGAGUGAAUGGGGGGCAUUUUUGUUCAGCACUACUUUCCCUGUUUUUUUUUUUUGGGGGGGGUGUCCACUUAAAAACAGGGCUGCACGUGCCCCAUCCCACAUCCCACCAGCUUCAUAGCUGCCCAUGUUGUUUUAUUACAUUUUUAUUGCAAUUUAUUAAAUUUUAUUACGUUUUGUUUUUAAAGUUGGGCUUUGGGGGUGUUUGUUUUAAUGAACAUUUAUGUAAACCAUUUCGAGGGGUGUUGGUUUGUUUGUUUGUUUGUUUGUUUGUUUAGCAGUAUAUAAAUCCUGCUAAAUAAAUAAUAAACAUGAAAGGUGUUCCAGGAGAGGCGGCAGAUAUUUUAUUUACUUUUGUAGAAAAUUGAUUCAUGGGAAUGCUAGGUGAUAAUGAGAUAGCCUCCCAUAGGGGCUGUCCAAAAUCUCACAAGAUCUCUUUUGAGAUUUCAGAGGGCUCCACAAUAUCUUGUAGGAGCCCCACAGAGUUCUUUGCGCAACUUUCUCAGAGCCGGGUAAGCAAGGCGGAGGGCUUACAGUCUCUUUCCGCAGCAACAAAACCUGGGAAGGUCAUGCAAGAUCUCGUAGGGUCUUCGCAAAAUCUCAGACAGCACCUUCCGACUGUUUCCUCUCCCCUUUGCUCUUCAUUCAUUCAUUUCCCCACCACCAUACAAAACUGUAAUCUCGCAGGUAAAUCAGGCUUAAAUAGCGCAUCUACUGUAAUACAAUGGUACCUUGGUUCUCGAACUUAAUCCAUUCCAGAAGUCAGUUCGACUCCCGAAACUGUUCGAAAACCAAGGUGCGGUUUCCGAUUGGCCGCAGAGGCUUCCUGCACUCAAGCAGAAGCCGUGUCGGAUGUUCGGCUUCCCAAAAACUUUUGCAGACUGGAGCGCUCGCUUCUGGGUUUGCAGGGUUCAGGAGCCGAUCUGUUCGGCAACUAAGCCGUUCGAGAACCAAGGUACCACUGUACUAGGGAGCGAGAGAAAGAGUCACUGAAGAGCCCUUUUGUUGCAGGUUACCAAAGAGGUUUGAUCAUCGCGGGAUCCAUCAUCAUCCCCCUCCUGGCCCUGGCCCUGAUCAUUGGGGGGAUUAUCUGGUGCUGUUCAUGCUGCUGCGGUAAAAACUGGUGUAGCAGUUGCCCGGGUUGCUACUGCGGGAAGGAUUAUUGCUGGGACUGCUGCUGUUCCGGCUGCACUCAGGAGCCGAAGCAGGAAUACCAGGAGACCAAAGCCAGUGAGAUCUGGUGAGUAUUGUAGCCCAAGGCAGGGGCGAGACUAGGCUUUAUUUCACCCGGGUCAAAGACCCCAUUUGGCAGCACCCCCAUGCAUAUUUGCAUACAUACACACAGGCUGAGAGGCUCAAGGGCGCCUCCCAGAGGCUUCUCCCGGGGCAAAAAACCUGGCUAGCUCCCCCCACCAGCUCCCGUAGUUAGGGCUCUGCAAACUCCAGAGAAUUGCAGACAUCACAGGAUGGCUGUGAUUUGGUUCAUGAAUUGCUUUGGGAAGUGCAAAGUGGGCCAGUUCACUCUUUAAAAGCAAACAGAAUCAAAUUUCGUCUCCAUUCUCACAUCUCAGAAGGAAGGGUUGGAAUAAGUGGGGGCGUCGGAGAAGAAUUACACACUAUAAUUUCUAAAAGCAAGCCAGGGGAGUAGAAGAAAAGGGGGAGGGACUUCCAAGGUUAAUCAGAGCAAAAGAAUGAAUAGGAAACACCCCCCCAAAAACCCAAGCAGGGAAUUCAGGAGUAAACAAAUGAAUUUUAUGAGUAAUUGUUAAUGGACUGCUCUGAGCAUGGGAAGAGCAGGCUAUGAGUUCCUAAAUCAACUGUAAUGGUUUUGUGCUCCUCCCUUCUCCAAGCAGUUAGAGGAAACAAUUAAGAGGCUCAAUUUCCUUGUGCGGAGACAGAAAUGGGCACUUGUAAUGGCUUCAUAAUGCACGGAUAUUACAGAUUAUUCACAAAUAUACAGGUCUGGUAGGCAGGUCCCUUCCCAGGACAGGCAGUGCUGGUAUUCAAAGCAACACCAGCCCCUAGGACUCAUAUUCAGGGUAGCAAAACAAUAACCUAGUUAACUUAUGGAACUCCCUGCCACAAGAUGUGGUUUGCAGAAGUGUGUGUUAGAGGCAAGGAGCGGAGCCUCAAUGGUAGAGCAUCUGCUCUGCAUGCAGAAGGUGCCUGCUCAAUCCCCAGCAUCUAUAGGUAAGGCUGGGAAUGUCCCCUGCCUGAAACCCCAGACAGCUGCUGCCAAUCAGUGUAGGCAAUAUUGUGCUAGAUGGGCCAAUGGUCUCAUUCAGUAUAUAUUUAUUGCUAUUGAUUUCACAACAUUGUAUAUACUGUUUGAUUGUAAGAAGCACAUUACAAAAAGAGCAAAAUAUUCAAAUUACUGCAAAGAAACAGGCAUUUAAAUAUAUUUUAUUAAAUUUCUACAAAUUUCACAUAAACCUUUCAAUACAUAAUAAUUUUUCCUUUUGUUUUAUCGGGUUGCCAUUCCAUUUUCCAUGGUGUUUUUUAUUCCACCCCUUUGCUGCACUCUGUUGUCGCUCUUGAAUACCAGAACCUUAAUUACAAUAACCUCCAGUUCUUUCUGUUGCUCAUGGUUCAAAUCCUGCUCGCGAACUCAUCAUGUUACAGUAUUUCUUUAAGUAAUCCGAAAAAGGCUUCCAUUCUUCCAUAAGACAGCUGUCGUUAAGUUCUCUUAUUUUCUGUUAAAUUUGCUGAUUCAGCAUAGUCCAUCGCUUUACUGUGAGGCAAGCGUUUAAAACAUUCAGAAGGAAGAACUGAGAUAAACAAUAAGCUAAAACAGGGGUAGGUAACCUAAGGCCCGGGUACCGGAUGCGGCCCAAUCGCCUUCUCAAUCCGGCCCGCAGACGGUCUGGGAAGCAGCGUGUUUUUACAAGAGUAGAAUGUGUGCUUUUAUUUAAAAUGCAUCUCUGGGUUAUUUGUGGGGCAUAGGAAUUCGUUAAUUCCCCUCCCCCCCCCGCCAAAUAUAGUCUGGCCCACCACAUGGUCUGAGGGAUGGUAGACCAGCCCACAGCUGAAAAAGUUUGCUGACCCCUGAGGUAAAACCAGAUUCUUUAAAGCAGCCUCCUUUGUGCCCACUCUCAUGAAAUGGAACAUUGCUGGCCGAUUGGAACGCUUGUCAGGAUGAAAGCCCCUGUGCUGCAACAUUUUGUUGCAGGAGACACACGUUUCACCUAACCCUGAGCUGAUUUGUGGUUCCCCCCUGCCUCCCCCCCCCAAUCCUGUUUCUUGCAGUGUGGAUGCCGAUGCUCCUCCAAGCAGACCGUGCAGCCAGGCGUUCAGUCGCGCAAGCAGCCUCCAUUCCCUGCUUGGCGGCUACCAGACGCGGACUGGCCAGUACACGCAGUGCCGCAAGUACGCCUCCCCCAUCGUUCAGGUGAAGAUGACGUCUCCCCCCGACAGCGAUGUGAGCGUCGUCCUGGCCCCCGAAAUCCCGUCUCCCCCCAGCUCGGAGCAAGGAGAUGUUUCUGAGCACUACUACCCCGCUAAAGGAAAGGAUGCUUAUCCCGCAGCAAUCGACUCUGUUCCUGGAUACAUCAAGGGGGAGAACUACAAAGGCUCCAGUCCGAGGCAUCAGAUCUACUCCGAGCCGCAGAAGUUCUCCACGCCCGCCUCGGAUCCCGGCUGCAUCCGCUGGCAGGAUGGAAACACCAGGCCCUACAAGGGCACCGUAGUCAUGAUGCGGUCUGCAAGCAAAGAAGGACUUUUGAUAUGA